GUUCCGCACGGAAGGCUGCUUGUGAUUGGAGCAGGCGGCGGGCGGCAGGUUGCCUCGGCGUUUAAGUUGUGGAGGGUCGGUUGCGACGGUUACUUUGCUGUUGGGACUUCUGGUUGCGGAGGGUCGAAAAGCAGUCGUGGCCGCGGGGAUUGCGAGUGGUGCCUACUCUUUCCCGAACUGCCUCGGGAGCUGGCCGCUGGGUCGUUUGGCAGGGCUUCCCGCGUAGGGGCUUCUCCGCGCCGUCCGCAACGCACCUACUUCUUGUUCCCGCCGGGCACCUACAGCUCCGCCAGCCUCGUGGGGUACGCAGGGCCGCAGGCGGCCAGGCUGAGUCCACAGCUCGAAGCUUCAGUCCAUUGCCCGCCGUGAGCUCAUGAGUGCGACGGACCGCUCUGCGGGGGCCUCCCCGCGCUCCAGAAGGCUGGCAACUCCCCGUGUCUCAUCCAGAUAUGCUAGUUUGCACUCUCCAAGUCAGGAGGACUGCUCUCCUCUCCCUUCAAUCAAUGAGCGCUUGGCCCUUCUCUGUCCCUCCCGGGAGCUGCUAGAGUACUACCGCAAGAAGAUUGCUGACUUUGAUGAGGAACACGAGGAUUUGAUAAAAAGGCUGGAGAGAUACAAAGAAACAUAUGAUGAGCAGCACAAAUUGCAAUGGGAAGUACGUCAGCGAGAAGAGGAGAUUGUGGAGUUGCAAAAGGCUUUGAGUGAUAUGCAAGUCUACCUCUUCCAGGAGAGAGAACAUGUCCUUCGUCUCUACUCAGAGAAUGACCGGCUGAAAAUCAGGGAAUUGGAGGACAGAAAAAAAAUCCAACAUCUCCUGGCUUUAGUCGAAACAGACAAAGGAGAAGUGACAUAUUUUCACAGGGAACCUCCACAUAAGGUUACUAUACUGCAAAGGCCAGCUAAAUCCAGAGAGUCACGUGAACAAAAAGAUACUUCUGGAACAGACACCAAGAGGAGCACUUCGAAACCAGCAGUGGAAGGAGAGAAACCAGAAAGUCCUGAGAGAUAUCAGAGAGAUAAUCAAACACUUCUACUUCAGGUGGAGGCCCUGCAAGCUCAGAUGGAGGAACAGACACGAUUAUCCAAGGAGCAGGUUGAGGCACUACUAGAGGACAGGCGGAUUCACAUGGAGGAAGCCCAGGUCCAGCAUCAGAGGGACCAGGACAAGAUCAAAACUAUAACAGAUAAACUCCAUAAGACCCAAAAUCUCUUAUAUGAGAGUACCCGUGACUUUCUCCAGCUCAAGUUAGAUACCCGAGCCAAUGAGAAAGCCUGGAUGGCAGAAAAGGACAGUCUGUUGAGGAAACUUGACAAAGAUUUGGAUCAGCUUAUUAUCAGCAGGGAGCCAGGAAGAGAGAAAAAGCAGAGAGAUACUAAGAAGAUGCUUCGAGCAGAUGAGGGAUCUUGGAAACUCCACAGCAGAGAAAUAAAGUCACUGAAAGAACAGCUAAUGCAGGAACAGCGCCUAUCAAACAUGUAUAGAGAGCAGUGUGUCACCCUGGAAGGCGAGCUGGCCAGGGUCCGUGAGGAGGGAGAUGUUGGCAGAGAACUCUUUAAGGAACGCUCAGAAAAGAUGGGGAAGCGCCUGAAGGUGGUGACUCAGCGAUAUGAGGCCUUGGAAAAACGUCGUAAUAUGGAAGUGGAAGGCUUCAAGAAUGACAUUAAACAGCUUCGGCAAAAGCUGAAAGAUGUAGAGAAGCAGCUUUUUCAGGUGACUAUGAGUAUGGGACCAGACCAGGAUCUUGCAAUUCUGCAUGAGGUCCGCCAAGGAAACAGGCUAACCCAAAAAAUUCAAGGAGAACUAAAAAACUUAAAAGCAAAAAUCUAUGGCUUAGAGAAUGAACUACGGGUCUGCUGAAGCAGAGGUAUUAGUUGGGAUCCUAGUUUUAGGAAUGGGACAUUGCUGGGCUGGAAUAAUUGUAUGUGAGAGCAGCUCCUACCUGCCUGUUUCCUGGCAUCUAGUGGCAGAAGGCUUGAGGAAGUCUGCAGUUAAUGUCAUAACAUUGUACAUGAGCCAUUCCUAGUGUGCCAUAUUAUAUUGCUAUUUCACCUGAGAUAUCACCUGGUAAGACUGAGUUUUUAUAAAGUUCACAAUGACUGAUAUAUUUGAAAUACCCUUAUAACUUCAUCUUACUUUCAUGUCUGUGGUAGGGGUCAGUGCAUACUGGCCUUCACCUUUCUUUGGAGCAUACUGUAAACCACAAAUAUGGCUUUAAUUAAUAAUCAUAGAAGGAUCUAGUUCAAGGUCUGAACUACUUGACCGACCUUUUCCUGUGUGAGAAGCAGCUUUUAUAAUUUAAAUGAUUACUGUUUUGAUACUUAGGCACUUUAGGGUAUAACUGGAAAUUUUCUUUGAAAAAGACCAUGUAUAGAAAGUACUUAUUAAAGUGUAUUACAUCUGACUCUCCCCUUGACAGUAUAAAUAUUUUAAAAUCGCUUCUCCUUGCUUGGUUCUGACCUAACUGGAACAAACCUGACCGAUUUACUAUGGUGGAAAAAGAUAACUUGUUAAAGAACUCAUCUGCAAGAUCCAGCAACAUCUACACUAGCUUUGAAUGUUUGGGCAGAGAGUUAUACUACACUAUCGAGUGUCUUCUCAUCUUCCUCCCAGUUUAUCUUGACAGAGGAAGCCCACGAUAAAAGGCAUCUAGUGUCUUCCUUAACCACAGCAUUAUCUCUCUCUGCAGUUUUAAACAAUAUCAUGGUCACGUACCAACAGAUCGCGGUCAACUUUUUGCUGCAGCAGUUGUUGUAAUUGCAGUGGGGGUGGAGGAGCAGGUGCCUAGUUUCUACAUGAUAAAUAUAACUCUAGCUAUAUGAUGAUUAUCUUCAUACCAGACAUCAGGACAUUGCAAUUCUAGAAAACAGAUGAAACCACGAAAAGGGUUACAAUGUGGUUUCAGCACAGUUUAUAAUUGUGGGUAUUCAUCCCUUACUGUAGCAUCAGCAAAUCUUCUCUGUCUUGUAGACUGAGAGCAGAUCUGUGUUGGAAAAGGGAUUUCAGUGCUGGUUUCCCACUGUACCUUUCCUAUGUUGUUAAAUGUGACAGAAUAAGUGGAAUAAUGUCUUUCUGAAGUACACACACACUGCCAGCACUUCCUUUCCCAUUGAAAAGAACUUACUGUGUGAAAGCAGGCAGUUACUUUUGGACAUGGUGGUGGCCAUGGAACUCCUCAUUCAGUGUUUGGGAGAGGUAGGUAUGCAAAAGAUGGUUUUGUGCCGUCAAAAUUGGGAGAAAGCAUUGUUUUUAUAGCACUAGCUAAAGCAAUGCAGGAGGGGAAAUGCCUUUAAAAGUCAAGGCCCACUUGUGCAUCAUUUCUGUGACAAACUUGCUGUUCCUUGUGGUUCUGUACUGUGGCUUUUAUUUUGUAUGUGUUCUUGAGGUCAAAUUCAUCACAAACAGACUUUAGUGUGGGAGAUUGACAGUGUGUGCCUAGAUGCUUGACUACUACUAGAACUUAAAAGCGGCUAUUUUGAAGUAUGUUACAUCGAUUAGUUUAUCUGAAAAUACUGAAUUGUUCAGAAACUGAUUCAUGAACAACUUGAUGGCCAAUGCUAUGUGGACAGCUGAGGAAGGUUAUUAAGUAAUGCUAUCCAUCAUUAUCUCAUUUUCUUAGUUGACUAGUGCUUUCUUGGAUAAGUCUAGUUAAUUAAAGCUUGUAUGUGAAAUAACGCGCUACUGGUUUGAAUAAAUCAAAGUUAUCAAGUCCUGUAAGGCUGCUUCUCAAAAUUGCUAAGUGGUAAAGUAUUAGUCACCUAUUCAAUAGGAUCCAUCUACUUAAAAUCAACUAUUGGGAAGCCAGCAAGAAGAUCUCUUGAACCUAUAGAAAUAAAUUGGUUUCUGUUUAUCUUCAGCUCUGCUAAGCUAAAUAAAUGCCUGUCUGAAAUUACAUUUUCCUCACUUGAGAGCCAUGGAUAAACACUGUAGACUUUAACAGUCACGUUUCUAAGACUGGGAAGUAUUGGAGGAAGAAGGAAGUAAAUGUUUCAUUUCCUGACUGCCUUACACAGCAUUCCUUACUACAUGAAAGACUGGAUAGAAUAAAAUGACAGCAUUCCUAAUAUAUCUGCUGGUGUGUCAAACAUGAAGUGCAGCUUCAACUUUAUUUUUGUUACUAUGAACCCUUCC